AAUCCGAUUUGCACAGAUCGAUCCACAAUGGUUUCACUUUCUGUUUCAGCUCCAAAACCCCGAUAAAGCCCAUUUCUGAAUUCAAGGUAAGAUUCUCUCUUUCAAAAUGCACAACGCUUAUUUUAGCUCCACUUUACUGUCACUUAAAAGUAAAGGGUCGCUUUCGUUUUCAUUCAAUGACUACUCUAGUUUGUUAAAUGAAAGAUUUGAUAGAAACUCAUUGGCUUCAUCAUGUUCAUGUUGUUGUUGUUCUUGUUGUUGUUGUGCAUUUGCUUCACAUGGUAAUAGAGUGCCCACAAGCCCUGGCUUUUUGUAUGGGUUAAGACAGUCCACUCUUAUUCAAUGCUUACCUUCAAGAAGAUUGAUUUUGGGUAGUGGAGACCGAUUAUUCUAUCGGGUUCCGGUAUAUAAUGGAUGUAAUUAUGAGGUUUCUUGCUCAAUUAAAGAAAGAAAUGGCAGUGGAAGUAGUUUUGAUAGGAGAAGGAAGGGGAGAUUUAGGUGUAUGGUUUCGGAAGAAAGGAGCCGAAGGUAUCGGUUAGGUGAGGUUGAUGAUGCUGAGGCAAUUAUUAAUUUAUUGAGUGAGGAAGUUAGUGAAGAGCAUCUAGGUGGUAGAGAGAGAAAUGAGAGGAUAGUUAAGAGAGUGGAAACGGAGAAAGGUGAAGAUUAUGGCAGUGAAUUUUAUCGGGGAAAGAAGAAUAGAGUGGAAGUAGAGAAGAGAGGAAGUUAUGGCGGUGAGUGUUCUCGAAGGAGAAAGAAAAAUGUUGGUUUGAAUUUGUUGAAGGGUGACAACUAUAAGAAGUGUGAAUUUGAGUCUACCGCAAUUGAGUUGAGGGAGGAAGAGUAUAGGGUGAGCAAAGAGAGGGAAGCUAUUACAAGAGAAGAGAACCGUAGUGGAAGGAACAAGAGUUCAAGUUGUUCUUCUUAUUACUCGUUUUCGUCUUCUGGGGAGUAUGGGAGUGAUGAGGAAGUUCAGGAUAAGGAAGGGCAAUAUAUGGAAGAAUCAUUUAGUGGGCUUAGCAAGGAUUCUAGUAGGAGUGAAGAAGAAAGAUCUAAGGCACAAGUGGUGGAAGAGUUUAAUAGGCAUAGCAGUGAUGAAGUGGGGCAUGAUAAAGUUCCAGAAUGGAGAUAUACUGCAGCUGGGAGUUGUGUGGAAUGGGAUUGCAGAAAGAAGUCAGAGAAGAAGCUUACUGAAGUAUCAGUUGAGGAAACACAAUCCAAAAAGGAAUCCUCACAAAUUCAUUUAAAAAUGGAUAGAAGACGUGAAACUGAGUAUGGAAAGGCAUCUACUUCUUGUAAGCAGUUUGAUGAUGUGGACGAGAAAUUAACUUUGGCUGUUAAUGUGGACAAGGGAACAAGAAAGCUGUAUGACCAAAUGGGUACUCAAGACACAGAGCAGCCUGAAUCGAGAAACAAAUGGCAAGAAGUUAGAGAAACAAAAAAGAUUAAUGCAAGUGAUGUUGAAAUGACGUCCCAAUCUCAAAAGCGAUUUAGUGGCAGAGAAGAAAAACUGACAAGCGGAGAAUAUCACCAGGCAGUUGGCCUUAUUCAUAGUAAAAUAAGUAGAGACUCUCAGCAACUAACCAAAACGCCUGAAACUCUAGAUGUUGAUACUGAAAAAAUUUCUAAUUUGCAGAGCCAUUCUGAGUCUAGAAUGAAUAUCCGGAAAGAAGAUACAACUUUGGUUCAGAGCUCGGUUCAGGGAAGAAAAGAACAAUACCAACAAAGUAGUGAAAAGAUCACUGGACAAAAUAACUUGAGAAGAAAGGCUGAAAACUUUUCUAGAAUAUCAGAAACGCAUGACACUAAUCGUACAAAGACCUCCAUUAUACAAUCUGAAGCUAGGUCAAAGAACCAGGAAGAAAAUUCAAGGUUGGUUUCCAUUUCACAUCCAGAAAAAAAAGACCAACGCUCCUUGACUGAUCAUGAACAUCAUCAGAGAACUCAAUCCAUAAAAGGAUCCAAAGAAGUCACCAGUGUAUCAGUGGUUCAUGCUAGUGACAUGAAAACAUAUACUGAAUCUCAAAAAAAUUCUGAAAGAAGGGUUGUUAACCAAGAAAUUUUUUUAACAUCAGUGGUGAAACCAACCAGGGAAACAAGAGAGCGACAUAAUCAGAAAGAUGAAGGGGCCGUGCAAACAAAAACAAGGAAAGAGGCGCAAAAGCCUACUGGACUGCGAAGUUCUCAUGAAUAUUCCUUGGAAGAGAAUUCUAGUUCACGAGCAUCUUUGGAUUUGGUUUCUCAAACUAGAGUACAACAGUUUGAUGUGGAGGAGGGGCUGGAGGAGGUGGAGAGAAACUCCCAGGUGAUAUCGAUCCCUCCCUCAUCUCAAUUGGUAGCUAGAGGUUCAUUGUAUGUUGAUCCAACUAGUGGGGUUGCAUUUGAUGAGGUUUCUGGCAAAUCUUCAGAAAGUGGCCUUAGUGCCUUGUAUACACAUUCAGAAGGCAAAACUUCAUCAUUGUGUGAUGAAUCAUAUGUCAUAGGUAGACAGGAGGAGACUUACGAAGAGCCUUUAAACUUCACCACCCAUGAAGAUGCUCUGGGUUCCGUGCAUCGGUUAGAGGAAUCUUCCAUGCAGUUUGUUGGGGAGUUUGUUGAAAAGGCAAGGCAUGAAGUCUCAACUUCUGAAAUCCAAACGGAUAAGAACACUGCUGUGUCAAAGGUGGUGUCUGAAGCUGACAAGCAGUGGAAAAAGAAUUCAGGACAAUAUGGCUCUGAGGACUUUCAGUUGAAGGGUCGUGAACCAAGGCAAUCAUCUGAGGGAUCUGGAGCAAAGGGGCCUUCUGAUGAGAUGUGGGAUGUGACUGACCCAUCUGUUCAACAUCUUCAGUCAGGAGCACCAGAGGGCAGUAAAACAGCCGGGAAUGCUGUUGUGAAGAGAAGGGGCAGGUCCUUCUGGAAUAUCAUGGGAGACAUAGUCCGACUGCGGUGGGGUUCACAAGUUGAAACUCCUAUUGCUGCUGCAAGGUCAGAUGAAAAGAGUCCAUCUAAUGAGUCUGUUGGCAGUGAGACAUGGUUUUCUGGACGUGAAUCUGAUAAACACAGUGACGAGAAUGUGAAAAGGGAAAGAAGUAGCAUGCCACAAGAAGCCGCACCUUCUUAUCAGUUGCAGCUUGGGAAAACUUUUACUCAAACUCAAGGAGAAACUUCCGACGCAAUGGGAUCAAAGAACAAAGAAAGGCAUCGUGAAGCAGUAAUGGCAUCUUCUUCAAGUACAAUAGAAGUUGGGUCCUCAUCAAGAGGUAGUUCAUCAGCUUUUGAAGAGGAACAUCUUGUCCAGAAAGGAGAUGGGAACGCUAACGCUGUUCAAGGAAUCCCUUCUGGCGUGGAAGUGGAGCCAUCAUUAUCAUGUUUAUCUGCUAAAAGCACAAGAAGGUCUCCCAUUGUGGAAGAAAUUUCUGAAACCGGCAAAAUUGAUGAGACUAGAAGUAGCUCCAUGGUACAGCUGGCACAACCUUUUAGUGCAAGGUUAACUGAAGUAUCAGGGUCUCCAGGGAAAGGUGGGGAAUUGAAACAAAGGAAGCUGCAACGAAACAAGCAGGUGUUGAAAGAUAGAUUUGAUGAAUGGGAAGAAGCUUAUAAGCUUGAAACUGACCAGCGAAAUAUUGAUGAAAUGUUUAUGAGGGAAGCGCUGUUAGAAGCCAAAAAGGCUGCUGAUACUUGGGAGGUGCCUGUUGGGGCAGUACUGGUUCAACAUGGGAAGAUUAUUGCACGUGGAUGCAACCUAGUUGAGGAGUUAAGGGACUCCACUGCCCAUGCAGAAAUGAUUUGUAUUCGGGAGGCUUCAAAUGUACUGCAGACGUGGAGGCUUGCGGAGACUACCCUUUAUGUAACUCUUGAACCAUGUGCCAUGUGUGCUGGAGCAAUACUUCAAGCCAGAAUCAGCACUCUUGUAUGGGGAGCUCCAAAUAAGCUUCUGGGAGCUGAUGGCAGCUGGGUUAGGCUUUUUCCUAAUGGGGGAGAUGGGUCUGAACCAUCAGACAAGCCAGCUGCUCCGGUCCAUCCGUUCCAUCCAAAAAUGACGAUUCGAAGAGGGGUACUGGCAUCAGAUUGUGCAGAGAUAAUGCAGCAAUUCUUCCAACUUAGAAGAAGGAAGAAAGAGAAGAAUCCAGAGACUCUACCUCCCCCCUCGUGUCUUCCCAUCGCCAGCCAACCAACAAAAAUCCUCACUAAGAUGCAGCAUAUGUUCAACUUGAUGUUCUGUUUGUAAAAGUAGAAUAUCACUCUUUCAUUCACGAUAAACUGUAUGAUAUAUAGUUUCUUUCAAACGAAAUUGUGUUGAUGUCCUUCCAUAGACUGCAAAUUGUCAUAUGAAUUCAUGUUGAUGUUGGAAUCAUUGAAUAAUAAGGUCUAUAUGCAA